CAUUCACCAUUUAUAAAACAGCAUCCAAAUAUCUGCUAUAAUUUGUCUCCAUCUCAACAUUUCGUAAACGAGCUAGGUUCUUCAUUUGUCCUAUACCUUUGAAAUUUUCUCUUCUUUUGCCAUCAUAACCCCCUCACACACACUCACACACUUCACACCGCAUCCAACAUGGAAAACAUCAAGCACAGUAAUGUGGAAGUGAAAGGACUAAAGCUUCAUGUAGCUGAAAUUGGAUCUGGUGAAAAGGUUGUUGUUUUCUUACAUGGAUUUCCAGAAAUAUGGUAUACAUGGAGACACCAAAUGAUUGCGGUUGCCAAUGCUGGAUACCGUGCUAUUGCCUUUGAUUUUAGAGGCUAUGGACUUUCUGAUCAUCCACAAGAGCCAGAAAAAGCAACUUCGAUGGACCUUGUUCAUGAAGUCAAGGAUCUUUUAGAUUCAUUGGAAAUCAGCAAGGCUUUCAUUAUUGGUCAGGACUUUGGUGCCAUCAUAGCAUAUCUUGUAGCGGUUGUCUAUCCGGAAAAAAUAGCUUCUGUCAUAACUUUAGGCAUUCCUUUCAUCAAUCCUGGUGCUUCUGCUGUCAAAAACGACCUUCUCCCAAAAGGCUUUUACAUUACUAGGUGGCAGGAGCCUGGGAGGGCAGAAGCAGAUUUUGGCCGAUUCGAUGUUAAGUCGGUUAUAAGGAACAUCUAUAUUCUGUUCUCUAAAAGUGAGGUGCCAGUAGCAGGUGAUGAUCAAGAAAUAAUGGACUUGUUUAACCCAUCAACUCCUCUCCCGCCAUGGUUCUCUGAGGAAGACUUGAACGUUUACGCAUCUUUAUACGAAAAAUCUGGCUUCAGAUUUGCGUUGCAGGUUCCAUACAGAUCUCUGACAGUGGAAAGUGGCCUAAUUGAUCCUAAAGUCAACGUUCCUGCAUUGUUGGUAAUGGGUGAGGAAGACUAUUGCUUCAAGUUUCCUGGCAUGGAAGAGUACAUUCGAAGUGGGGUGGUGAAACAUUUUGUGCCGGACUUGGAAAUCAUAUAUAUUCCAGAAGGAAGGCAUUUUUUGGGUGAACAAUUCCCAGAGAAAGUGAACAAGCUCAUCAUUGAGUUCUUGGACAAACAAAGUAUCUGAUUGUGAUUGUGGGUGGAGGCUAAGAGUCUCAUGCUAAUGGUUGUGUGACAAAUGAUUCUCUUGUGCUAGUGUGAUUUCUAUUCUGUGCAUUGUACCUCUGAUUUCAUUAAGUAAUUUGAUUUGAGCAAGAACUAUGCAUGAUUUUAUUCUACAAUGAAAAUAUUUUUAAUUUUGGAAA